AUGAAUUGGCUCUCUACUCUGGCAUCAACACUACGACCAGUCCCUUCAGGCAACGUUGAAGAAAGCACUCAUUCUUCUGAUAAAAGCGCCACCGAGACAGGACAAGGAUGGGGAGUAGUGAGAAAGUCACUUUUUGACAAGUCAUCGCAAGUCGCGGGCGCGUUAUACGGCCAGGGCGCUGCAACGGUCGGCAGCCUGACAGGAAAACUUGGAUCAUUACCUGCUUCAGCAGACAUGUUGUAUGGUGGAUUGCACUUUCCAAGUGUUGGAAAAUCCUGCUGGGACAAAGCUGCAGGCUUCGCUCCAAAUACCAAGGGUUGUACAGAUGUAUUUUUCCAGCGUGCCAGGGAAUUCUAUCCCUCUGACAAGAUAGCAGAAUUGAGGGCGGCUGUAGAUAGUGUCGUUGGCACAACCACGACACUCUACCAAGUCAUCAAAGAAGCUGCAAAACAACGCGGCAUUCCUCUCUGCACCGUAUUGAAAGACCUUGGAAACACUCUCAGUGUCUUAUUCGAGGAGCUCAGAGAACAGUUUCCGCCACCCGAUGAAGCUCCCGGUCAUGAAGAGCGCAUGAACAUGAUGAACACGGUUCUCGAUCGCGUCGAGGAGUGUUUUCUGCAGGUCGUCGGCAAACUUGGAGUGAGCAAUGAACUCCUCCGAGGUCUCACAGGUUCCCUCAAGACUGGUCUCAAACACGUUGUCGUGACCAUUGGAGACGUUAGCGAGCAGCAUCCAUACCUCGUGUGGGCCUUUUCGGGCAUUGUGAUUAGCAUGCUAUUUGCCGAAGGGAUUCUUCUCACGAUUCUCCGCGUUGUUGGGUUUGGACCUUUGGGACCAAUGAAGGGUGGAAUCGCUGCAUGGUUGCAAGGGUGGUUAUUUGGCCCCGCUGUGCCAAAGGGCAGCUGGUUCGCGAUGCUUCAGCGCUUCGCCAUGAUGGGAGGAGCGCGGCUGUAG